UAGUGCAGCAGGAAGCUUCUCUAACUGAGCUGGAACAGUCUGCAGCUUUCACACUUUGGUUCGUUUAUUUUAAUGUAACAGGUAGUUUGUGCUGCAGUGAGGUGAAGGAGUGAGAGCAGAGAGGAGAGGGAUGCUCUCAUCACAAAGAAAGCGGGAUUGUUCUGGGCCGAAAUUCCCAGGCGCGUUUUCAGAACUGAACACUUUUACCUCAGAUGCAAACACACUGCCUGCUUUUCUUGUCGAAUUUUUAUUUUGCAUUUUUUCCAACGGCAUCAGCUAAUUGCUAGAAGGAAGACAGAGACUGAUCAGAAACUUGGAUCUUUUUCUUUGGAGCUUCAGCUCAUCAUCAUUAUGGAGGAAAAUGUUGAAGGAGAACCUCAGCGCCCAAAGAGCUCUGGAGAGAAGUCCAACCGGGCCAUCCUGCCUCUGCUGCAGCAGCCCGGGAUUCAGCAGUCCAACCGGGUCACCAACUUCUACAUAGACAACAUCUUAAGGCCGGACUUUGGCCGAAAGAGAAAGAAAGGCACAUUAUGUGUUCGGGGAGGACACGGGCUGGAGGAGAGGAGCGAGGUGUCAGGGAGAAAAGCCUCCAAAACGGACUCAAAGCGCGGCAGGACAGGAGGACGGGAGGGCAGCUUGGGGAAGUCCGACCUCCAGAAUGCGCAGUCAGAGGCGAGCGGCCCCGGCCUGACAGCCUGCGACUCAGGCCGAGGGAUCUCCUGCCGCAGCCCCGAGAGCAGCGAGGCCCCGGCGGCUCCUGCGGCUCCUGCGGCCCCAGCAGCCAAGCCGAUGCUGUGGCCGGCCUGGGUUUAUUGUACCAGGUACUCCGAUCGGCCUUCAUCAGGGCCCAGAUCCCGCAAACCAAAGAAAGCCCCGACCCCGAGCAAGGAGGACAAGCGGCCCCGGACGGCCUUCAGUGCCGAGCAGCUGCAGCGGCUGAAAGCGGAGUUCCAGAAGAACCGCUACCUCACCGAGCAGCGGAGGCAGAACCUGGCCCUGGAGCUCAGCCUCAACGAGUCUCAGAUCAAAAUCUGGUUCCAGAACAAGCGGGCCAAGAUUAAAAAGGCCUCCGGGAAGAAGAACUCUCUGGCGGAGCACCUGAUGGCGCAGGGGCUGUACAACCACUCCGCCGGCCGGGAGGCGGAGGCCCGCUCCGACAGCGACUGAAGCCGUCACAACAGCAGCAUCCUGGGCCGGAACCGCCGCUGUCUGACAUCACACAGUUCUGCGCGCGGGACUGUUUAAAGCACGCGCGGACAGGGCUGCACCGCAGCCUCACAGACAAACACCUUGAAAUGUUUUAGAUGUAGUUCUUUCAUCUUGAAGGCUCAGCUGAGGCAGAAGGCCGGCCCGGAGCGCUCCAGGCCGACCAGAACCACCGGCUGACAGCGUGGCUGCUGGAACCCAGAGACAGCUCAGCUGCUUCAUGGUAGGCCUUCUGUUUGUCCAGCUGUUCUGUUGCUACACUUUCCUUUGUGAGUCAAAGCUCAGCUAGAUUUCAUUUUAGAACUGAUCUGGCAGCAGGCGUCUGCAGAGCUGUUAGUUUUCUAGGAUUUCAAUUCAUUUUUGGACCUGACCGGAAAUGCCUUUGGAUCUGUGGUUCCAGUGCUGCCUUAUCGCAGUUCCCCCAAUUUCCCAGCAAACUAUCGGUGUCAAUAAGUGGGAUCAUGCGCUCUUAUUUAUAUCCAACACAGCCAGAAUCCAGAGCAAAGACGCUCUGAUAUGUUUACAUAAUUUAUUUUUCUACACAAACCUGUCUUUGAAUGCAACGUUUGGCAGAUCAAUGAAUAUGAAUCCAAACCAAAUGUAAGCCUUACAAUGCAGUCAACUUUUUUGUUUCCUUAAAUUGCUUCUGUUUCCUAAUGAAGAUUCUAUGUUUUCAGUUGUUUUUGUCCAUUUCUGAUAAAAUUCUCCUUUUUAGACAACAUGUAAAUAAUUGAUGUCAUGAUGAUGUGUAAAUAAACAAUGCAGAUCUGGCUUUUUAGA